AUGGAAAUUCCUAUUCCAGAAGAAGCUUUUGAUAAAUCAGCAUAUUUUAAAAUUGAUCGUUUAAAUGAUAGAAAAGGAUUAGCAACAGUUAUUUUACUAAUGUUAUGGAUUACUUUAUUUACUGUUAUGGGUUUUGUUAAAGACCCCAGAAAUGUGUAUGUUAAUACUUCUCAAAAACAAUGGAUUUCAGGAGAAUUGUUUAGUUAUGUACAUUACAAUAUUUUAGUAAUUUCAGUAAUUAUAAUUAUUUUAUUAUUCAUUGGAACUCUUUUAUUCUAUCGUAUUUUACCAACAAUAAUUACUUAG